AUGAAACAAGUUUUAUUAUCAUUUGAAGUUGAUUUAAUCAAAAUGCCUUUAGGAAAAUUAUCAAAAAAUCAAUUAGAUAAAACUUAUAAAGUUUUAACUGAAUUACAAACUUUGAUUACAAAUGACAACCUAGCAUUAAAAACAGCUAUUGUUGAUGCUAGUAAUAGAUUUUAUACAUUGAUUCCACAUGAUUUGAGUUUGAAUAAAUCACCAUUACUUGAUAAUAUUGAAAUAAUAAAAUCUAAAACUGAAAUGAUUGAUAAUUUACUUGAAAUCGAAAUAAAAACAAGUACAGGAGAUGUAAAAGGAAUUGAUUUACGUGAUAGUACAGAUAGUAGUGAUAUGGAUAUUUCAACAAUUAUUAAAGUAACAUCAAAUAAUAAUCGAGACGAUGAAUCAAUUCAAGAUUUAUCAGGAAGAAAAUUAAAGGUAAAAACAAACAUUGAUAAACAAAUCAAUGAAAAAUUUUUUGAUAAAAUUCCAUCAAGUUGGAAAAAUUCAUCAGGAAAUUAUCAUAUUAGAAUAAAAUCAUUAAAACAAUUAAUGCCAAUUACUGCUUUUGAACGACUUUUAAAAGAACGUCGUGAAAAAAUGUUUGAUCCUGAACAUCGUCUUGCUUUAGCUGAAGCUCAACAUUGUCUUAAUGAACAUAUUAAUAAAUUUCCGUCACCUAAUGAAUUAUAUGACAUUGAAUUUAAAAAGGAACAAAAAUCAAUUCGAGAGGAAUUUCAGUCAUUUGUUGAUGCUUUAAAAGAUGUUAAAAAAAAAUAUAAUGAUCCAGGUCCAUUUCUUGAUUGUAUUGUUUGGAAUGAUGGAGACAAAUGGAUUUUAUGUAUUGAUACAAGUGAACAAGGAGAUUUAGAUCAAUGUAAAUGUUUAACAAAUUAUAUUGAUUCUCAUGAAUUUGCAACAUUUAGUCCAAUAGAUAUGGUUACUUAUUCAGUUCAGAUUCAUCAUGAUAUUAAUAUUCUUGAAAUUGUUGUUGCUGGAGGUUCUCAUGGAACUCAUAUUAGUGCUAUAUGUGCUGCUUAUUUUGGAGAUUCAUCGGAAGACAAUAGAAUUUCACCAGAUACACAACUUUUAUCCAUUAAUAUAGGUAAUCAUCGUUUAUCAACAAUGGAAACAAUUCCGUCCUUAGUUCAAGCUGUAUGUGUUAGUGGUUAUAUAACACCUGAAAUGCAAAUAGCUGAAUAUGCAUUAAGAGAAUGUACAGAUUAUAUUCGUUCAUUAGCUAAACCAUCAUUUAUAUCAAAAAUUCAUUUAGAAAUAACAGAUGAUCAAGGACAAGGCAUUUAUUUAAAAGAUUUUGAUCAUGUUCAAUCCAAUUCUGGAGAUACACCUUAUAACGAACAAACAUUUUAUAUAAGAAUUGAUCUAUCACAUUUAAAAGAAGAUCAACUUCAUUUCACAGAAUUACAAUCUAUUCAUACCAAUCAAAUUAAUGUAAGAUCAUUAGCUCAUUUCCCAAUAACAAUUACUAAACCGAUUAGUGUAAAUCCUCAAAGUCACACUCUUGAAUUUACCUCUCCAACAUUUAAAGCUGGUCAAAUUCGUCGUCAUUUUAUUCAAGUUUCAACUGGCUCAAAAAAUAUAGUGUUUUUUAAAAUAACAAACCAUUCAUCAGACAUAUCUGCUCAAAUAACUUUACAUUUUAUUCAACUUGAACCAGGUCGUUCAUGUCGUUUAACAGAAUUUGAAAAAAUAAUUCGUUUAUCAUCUCAUUCAACAUUUCAAUAUUAUUUUAAUGUUUAA